AUGGCGUCCCUCGACAAAGCUAAAGAAACUGCCACUGACACCCACGUCGAACGCUCGUCUAACAGCGACGUGAUCCGACCCACCACCGAGCACCACGUCGCCAUCCACAAUGAGACCUUCGACAUUGCCGAAACAGCACUCGGGACCAACCUCCCCAAGCAUUAUUACCGCUCCAUUGGCUUCAUCGGCACUGUUGUCGGCCUCUGCCUUGGCAAUAUCUCGAAUUAUGCCGGAUGGGUCCUUCCAGCGAACUCUCUGCUAAUCAUCAACAAUGAUAUUGGUCCCUCCGGUAACAUCACCUGGGUUGCCCUUGCCUACACCCUUGGGUUAUCGAUCGGUUUCCUCGUCGUUGGUCGCUUCAGUGACAUCUUUGGGAGACGGUGGUUCUUCGUUGGCGGCAACGGGCUAGGUUUGAUUGGAGCCAUCAUCGGCGCGACCGCAAAGAGCGUCAACAGCUUGAUUGGCGCCAACGUCCUCAACGGUCUUGCUGGUGCCGUGCAAAUCACCUUUACCGUGGCCAUAUCCGAGCUCGUCCCAAACAAGCACCGACCCCUAUGGGUUGCUGGCAUCUUCUUCUCCUCCUUCCAAUUUGCCUGCUUCGGUCCUGUUAUCGCGCAAGCCUUCGUCACAGGAACGGCAGCAUCCUGGCGAUGGAGUUAUUACAUCAACAUCAUCGUUGCUGGUCUAGCAGUUGUUACUCUGUUCUUGUUUUACCAUCCACCUACCUUCGACCAUCUGCACGUGAACAGAUCUAAGACUCAGCAAGUCAAGCGCCAGGAUGUCGUGGGCUUCGUACUGUUCACAGGAGGAUUGAUCCUCUUUAUCAUGGGAUUAAACUGGGGUGGUGCGAUGUACCCGUGGAAAUCCGGACAUGUUAUCGGCACCAUUGUCGUCGGCUUCCUCGCGCUCGUUAUCUUUGUCCUUUAUGAUGCGUACAUACAUGGUGGGGAUCCUCUUCUGCCAAUCCAUCUAUUCAAGUCAAGGGGAUAUCUUGCGAUGGUGGUUACCGCCACAGUCGGGAGUUGCGUUUAUUACUCAAUGAAUGUCCUCUGGCCACAACAGAUUGCUUUCCUCUUCGGCGGGUCCAAUGUCCACAAAGGUUGGCUUGCCUGCGUCGUCGGAUCCGGUGCCCUGGUGGGUCAAGUCGUUGGUGGUGUGCUCUGCCAGUACAUCAUGAAGAGUCGAUACAUCCUCAUCAGCAGUGCGGUGUCGCUACUCGCUUUCUCCGCUGCCAUGGUCUCAAUCAAUCCUGGUCAAGAGUCGAAGGGCGUGGCAUUGAUGUUUAUGGCCACUGUAUCGGUUGGUGUGCUGGAGUCCUGCAGUCUUGCUCUGGCACCUCUGGCACUACCGACAGAAGAUAUCGGUGCUGCCCUUGGCGCACUGGGAUCGAUUCGGUCGGGUGGUGCAUCUGUUGCGCUGGCGAUUUACGUGACCAUCUUAAACAACAAACUGGUUGCCUUUGUGCCACCAAGAGUCUCUGAGGCAGCGACUGCAGCGGGACUACCGGCAAGCAGUAUUGCUGCAUUGCUGACAGCGCUGACGACAGGUAUGGGCCUAGAAGAGGUGCCGGGCAUUAAUACUCAGAUUCUUGCGGCAGCGGCAGCAGCGCAGAGUGGUGCGGCGGCUGACGCUUUUAGAUAUGUAUGGUACGCUGUCAUCGCCUUCGCCGUUCUAGCCGUCGCAUGCUCGUGCCUCACAAUCAAUUACGGGCAUCUGCUCACUGAUGAUGUGAGCCGAAAGAUGCAUGGCAAGACGGUGGGGGUUGUGGAGGGCCACGAGAAGAGGGUGGGUGAGAAAGAGGUCGUGUGA